GGGAGGGGGUGGCCAAGAGGGUGGCAGGAGUGGAGGGGACGCUUCACCAUGGAAUAUGAAGUCAAGAAAGGGAAAAAGGGCUUUGUCUCCCCCAUCCGGAGGCUGGUGUUCCCCAAGUCUGGACGCCGGGCAGCCUUUCGGAAUAGUGUGAGCCGCCGGCCCCUGCACUCGAUGCCCCUUUAUCCCCCUGACUACCUCAUCGACCCCCAGAUUCUGCUGUGUGACUACCUGGAGAAAGAGGUCAAGUUCCUGGGCCACCUCACCUGGGUCACCUCCUCACUGAAUCCCUCCAGCCGGGACGAGCUCCUGCAGCUGCUGGACACGGCCAGGCAACUGAAGGAGCUGCCCCUGAAGACCACGGCGGAGCAGGACAGCAUCCUCAGCCUGUCGGCCCGCUGCCUGCUGCUCACCUGGCGCGACAACGAGGAGCUCAUUCUGCGUAUCCCCACGCAUGAGAUCGCUGCCGCCUCCUACCUGCAGGACGACGCUUUGCACCUGCUGGUGCUUAAGACCGGUCUGGGCGUGGAUCCUGUGCCAGCAGGCGUAGACGCCAGCCCCGGCGGCGCGGGGCGCGACCCAGGCCCGCCGGGCGCGGCGCCCGAGAAGCGGCGGGUGGGCACCACGGAGCGGCGCCACACCAUCUGCAGCCUGGACUGGCGCAUGGCGUGGGGCGGGGGCGCGGGAGCCGAGGCCCGGGCCGGGGCCGGUGGCGGGGGCAGCCUGGAGCGCCAGCGCGCUGGGGCUCGGGCGUCGGGCAGCUGGGAGCGGCGGCAGACGUUCAGCGGCAGCUGGGAGCGGCGACACGGCGGCGGCGGCGGCGGCGGCGGUGCGGGCAAGCCGGGCGGCAGCUGGGAGCGGAGGCAGGCGGGCGGCGGCGGCAGCUGGGAGCGGCGCCACCCGGGCACCAACCCGCUCGACCCGCAGGACCCCAGCCCCGACGCCUACUGCAACCUCGUCAUCCUGGCUGUGGCCAACAGGGAUGCUGCCGAGGAGUCCUGUGCCCUCAUCUGUCAGGUCUUCCAGAUCAUCUAUGGGGACCAGAGCAUUGAGUGUGUGGACCGGGCUGGCUGCCACUACACAUCCACUCCUGAACGGCCGUGGCUCUGCAGCCGCAGUGAGAGCUGUCGCACAGAUGGGACAUACGCCUAUGACGCCGACUUCAGCUGCUGCAGCUCCUUCAAUGGCUCCCAGGACACCUUUGAAGCGUGUUACAGCGGCACGUCCACACCCUCUUUCCAUGGCUCCCACUGCAGUGGCAGUGACCACAGCGGCCUGGGCCUCGAGCAAUUGCAGGAUUACAUGGUCACGUUGCGGAGUAAGCUGGGGCCCACUGAGAUCCAACAGUUCGCGCUGCUGCUGCGGGAGUACCGGCUGGGGCUGCCUAUCCAGGACUAUUGCACAGGCCUGCUGGAGCUCUACGGGGACCGGCGCAAGCUCCUCCUCCUCGGGAUGCGGCCCUUCAUCCCCGACCAGGACAUUGGCUACUUUGAGGGCUUCCUGGAGGGCGUGGGCAUCCGCGAGGGAGGCAUUCUCACCGACAGCUUCGGCCGCAUCAAGCGCAGCAUGAGCUCUACGUCCGCUUCGGCUGUGCGCAGCUACGACGGUGCUGCUCAGCGACCUGAGGCGCAGGCCUUCCACCGGCUGCUGAACGACAUCACUCACGACAUCGAGGCGCUGGCCCCCGACGACGAUGACGACAGCACGGACCCAGAGGCCCAGGGCUCCCCUAGUGGGGGGGAUGCAGCCGAGGACAACUACCUGUAGCUGCCGCCUAUGCGGAGGGCGGAGAAGGGGGGUGUCUCUAUAACCCGCCUCUGAGUCUCGCUCGAUCUUGCUGGUGGGACCCCAUCCCCAGACCUCUUCUCACAGCCCCACGGGGGCCAACACUCCAGGGGGUUUGCGUCCCUGCCUGGGACUCUGGUCCUUACAGUAGUGAGGGUGCCCUGCAGGGGGCGGCACCCUAAAGUCCUGGGCAGCUGCCCCGGGACUCUCGGCGGGGCCCUAGGUCACACAGGCCUCCUCGUGACUCCGCAGCGUUCUGCAGGUGGAAGGCCGGGUGGGGAGUGGGCUCCACCUGCUGGUAGACUGAGAAAUGAAUGCCCAGAGAUACCUGCUACUCCUGUUUUACGGUUUGAGAAACAGGUUCAGAAGGCGGGAGGGAACCUAAGGGAAUCUCCAGAUUCUCCUUAGAUAUUACCUCAAACUGACCAUACUAAAUAGAGGGUCUUCUUAAGGCUCUAAGUAGGCCCUAGUCCUGAUCCUAAGACUUUCGAGCAAGUUACUUAUUCAGAUCCUGCACCUGGAGCCAGGGAGUCAUAGGGCUCCUGGCUGGCCGGUGUCCCGGCUCCUCUUGUGUCUCCCACUGCCUAAUGUGUCAGUUGGGGUGGGCCUCACCCACCUCAUGGUGGUGGUGGGGACUAACAAAGGUCAGGGCCUUAGUGCUGAGUCCAGCAUGUGAUAGGCACUCAGUAAACUCUGCUCCCUUCCACAUACAACAUUUUCUGACUCGAUUUCCCUGUCUUGCCUGGGUGCAAUGGGGUGGGAAUUGGUAGGGGGUGGAGAUAGAAUGUAAGAAGACCCUCAGGGACCUCAGUUGGUAAAGAGGAAAUAGGACUUGCCACUCACAGAUCUAUUACAGCCUGGCUCUGUGCUCAAGCCCCAAAUGAAAAGUACCCAAGACUCCACAGCCAGCCACUGAGGGGGUCUGGGGUAGUAGAAGACAUCUGAAGGCAGGGUUAGGAAGUCAACGGAAGGACAGCGCCCAACACAGCCUGCGGAAAGCCUUGGAGGCUAAAAGGAAUGAGGUCUGAGAAGAGGCCAGAUACUCACAUAAAAGAGCUAAAUUGUACUUGGAAAACUUUGCUGAGCCUUCCAUGGCUAGACACAUGGUACUUACCAUGCGGUAGGUACUAUUAUCACCAAUUUUUAAGUAAUAUUAUCACUAUUAUUAGGGCUUCGGGUCCAGGGAGUUUCAAGAUUCAUACCCUGUGGCAAAUGGCCAUCCCAUCAUAACUGGUCCAUGCAAGGCCCCUCCAACGUUGUAUUUCCCCCUUUCCAUCCAUAUAUUCCCCACAUUCCUUCCCUUCCCCACAUAGAGGUACCGCCCCACCAUGUGUUGAUAUAUGUCCCUAGACAUAAAAUACACAGUGUUUUGUGUAUGUGUUUACAUGGUGUAAAUGGUAUUGUGUAAGGAUCUCAUUCUGUUGCUUUCUUCUUCCACCCCAUAGUGUGGUUUUUGACCCAUGUUGCCAUGAGAAAAUCUAGCUUAUUGAACUCCUGCAAGAUAUUCCAAGAUGAGCAUCAUUGUUUUAUUUAUUCAUUCCCCCAGUGAUGGACACCUAGGUUGCUUCCAAUUCCUUCUUACCACAAACAAUAUUGUGAUGAACACCUUUGUACAUUACUCUUAUGGACCUACAUGAAAAUUUCUUUGGACUCUUUACUCAAAAGUGGAGUUAUUAGAUCAGAAGACAUACAUGUUUUAAAUCUCACUAAAUUCCUCUAGCAGCAAGUGAAGGAUGCUGUCUCCCCUUCAUUAUUUUACUUUGUAAUUUUUGCCUACAGUUUAGGUGUAAGGUGGCACCUUGCUAUUUUAACUUGCAUUUCUCUAUAAUCCUGAGAUGCAGAACCUCCUAUCCUUGCCGGGCCUUUGAACUUCCCCUUCAGUGAACUGCAUGUUCAUGUCUUUUGCACAGUGUCAGUUGGGUGUCCUGUGUUUUUCUUACUGGUUUGCAGGAGUAGUUUAUAUAUUUUAGAUAUUAAUCCUUUGUUGGAUGUUGGUGUUCCAAAUAUCUUCUCCCAGUACAUUGCCCAUCUGUUAGGUUUAUCUGUGGCAGUGGGUCUCAGACUUGAACUGCAUCAGAAUCUCCUGCAAAGCUUGCUGAAACAGACUGUAGAGUCCCACGCCAGAGUUUCUGACUCAGUGGAGCAGAGGUGGGGCCCAAGAAUUUGCAUUUCUAACAAGUACUCAAGUGAAGCUGAUGGUCCAGGAACCACACGGUGAGAACCACUGGUUGCUUUCCUUUGAACAAAGUUGUUCCAAUAAACAAAUCCUUAGUUAAUGGUU